AUAUUGAAACCAACCAACGGUGAUGGUAGUGGUAGUGGUGGUGGUGGUGGUGGUGGUGGUAAUGGCUGCGGUGAAAGUGGUGGAGGAGGAUCUGGUAAUAGUGGUAAUCCUGAUUCUAGCGGAAGCAGAGGCCAUGGCAACAAGGGCACUGACAGAGGAAGUACUAGCCAUGACAAUAAGGACACUGACAGAGGAGGAUAUGGUGGUGGCUAUAGAAUGAAAAGACGUUCGAACGAUGUAAAGACUGAAUGGACGAGUAAUGAGAUUGAUGACAGUGGCUUUGGUGAUAACAGUAAUACAAGCAAUAGGAGUAACCAAAAAAGCACUAAUUAUACCGAUAAUAAUAAUGAUAGUAAUAAUAGUAGUAGUAUCAGUAACAACAAUAAGAACGAAUGCAGUGAUGAGCGAUGCAAACUACACUACUAUUAUUUUGGGCAUCUAAUACCAUCAGCUUUUGGGAUACCAAUAUUUGGUCUUCUUCAUUUCUAA